AGGGAGAGAGAAAGGGAUAUAGCGAGAGCAGAGUUUGCAGUGUCGCUCAGGCAGUUGUUCUCCUCUCAAGGCUACGUGGAUAUUAUGGGAUGGUACAGUGCCCUGCAGGAAUAGUAUAGCUGUCUUUUCCUCCUCUCCUUCCCCUCUCGGCCUCUUCGCUGUCUGGAAGGUGCCGGUCUCAGGUGCAGACAUGGCCGCCUCUGUGCAAUCUAGGAUUAUUUUCUGCCUGGCUGUAUCCCUUCAGGUGUUGUCAGCAACCGGCCAGGAUGGGAAUUUAGUGGGCAACGGGGACUGCAUAGAAAACAGCAAAGUCUACAGCAACAAUGAGAUUUGGAACCCCGAGCCGUGUAAGAUUUGUGUGUGUGAACUGGGCAAGGUUACCUGUGAGGAUGUCCAAUGUGAAGACCUAGACUGUAUGGAGACCACCACGCCCCAGGGAGAGUGUUGCCCUGUGUGCUCUGUAGCGUCAGACACUCAGAGUCUGCAGUCUGCUACUUCUGAUAAUCUACUACCGGAGAUUAAAACAGAGGAGAAGAAAGACCAGUCCUGCACGGACAACGGAAAGGUAUACGCCCACAACGACAUGUGGAAUCCAGAUCCGUGCAAGGUGUGUGUGUGUGACAGCGGGGCCACCAUCUGUGAGGAGAUGCAGUGUGAGAUCGUGGGGAACUGUGAGAAGGUCACCAUACCCGAGGGCGAGUGUUGCCCCGUGUGUCACAGCUUUUCCAGCGCUAACAGGAGGAUAGAUAUCAUGGCGUUUAAGGGUCAGAAAGGUGAACCUGGUGAUAUCCCUGAUAUUGUGGGGAUAGUAGGUCAACCUGGACCAAUGGGUCCUCCUGGAGCGCAAGGGCACAGAGGAUACCGUGGAUUUAAGGGCAGAAAAGGUGCACAGGGCCCAGCUGGAGUUGACGGGGAACCAGGAGUCCCAGGGAACCCUGGAGAGCCAGGACCCCCUGGCCAGCCCUUACACCCUGGGGGUCACCUGGUCUCUCAGAUGGCUACAGGCUUCGGUGAGAAAUCAGCUGGCAUGAUGGGAAUGGUUUCUGGCAGUGGGGGUGAACCAGGGCCAAGAGGGCCACCUGGACCCUCUGGUGCAUCAGGCCCUACAGGAGCACAGGGGUCCCCAGGAGAUGUUGGAGAUCCAGGACCCAUGGGGGCCUAUGGUCACAGAGGACCUGAGGGCCCACCAGGAAAACCUGGACCAGAUGGAGAAUCGGGCCCGGCUGGAAUCGACGGAGAGAAAGGAGCAGUCGGAUCUUCUGGGCCCAGAGGUUUCCCAGGACUGCCAGGUCACCCUGGAUUAAAGGGCAUAAAGGGCCAUGUAGGUCCUCCUGGAGCCAGAGGGGAAUCUGGCGCUGCUGGGUUAAAGGGUCCGUCCGGAACUCCUGGUGGAAUUGGGCCCCCUGGACCUGCGGGUCCAGCGGGAAUGCAAGGGGAGAGAGGAAGAAGUGGCCCUGCUGGACCUGUGGGGAAACGUGGUGAAUCAGGCCAUAUUGGAAAAGCAGGGCCACAGGGCCCUAUGGGAAUCACUGGAGCUCCCGGGUUCCCAGGUGGUCCAGGUAUGAAGGGUCAACCAGGCCCAACAGGAGCACGGGGAUCCCAGGGCCAGCAGGGGCCAAGAGGGGAAGCUGGACAUGUUGGACUAGCUGGAGCUCCCGGCAUUCAGGGUCCAGCAGGAACAGAUGGAGCUGCAGGAGUCAAAGGACCAUCCGGAGCUCCAGGUAUUCAGGGUCCAGUUGGAUUGCUUGGCCCCGUGGGGCCUCCAGGUCCACAGGGAACCACUGGAAUGGUUGGGCCCAAGGGUCAAUUGGGUGAUGCAGGUGUUCCUGGAAUCAAAGGAGAGGCUGGAUUAAAAGGAGAAUCUGGGACACCUGGUGACCAUGGAGCAAUGGGUCCCAUGGGAGAGGAGGGGAAGAGGGGAGAACGGGGUGACACUGGAGCUCAAGGUGCUGCUGGACCCACUGGAGAGAGAGGUGCUCCUGGGAAUAGAGGUUUUCCUGGACAGGACGGGUUACCUGGUCAAAAGGGUGCCCAAGGGGAAAGAGGCCUUAGUGGGUCACCUGGGGCCAAAGGGGCCGAUGGUGAUCCGGGGCGCACUGGGGAGCCAGGUCUUCCUGGGGCCCGGGGACUGUCAGGCCUACUGGGCCCACAGGGACCAGAGGGAAAGCAAGGACCAAUGGGGGAAGGAGGAGAUGAUGGAGGACCAGGAGCAGCUGGGCCCACUGGUACCAGAGGUCCAGCUGGAACAAUGGGUGGAAUAGGACCAAAAGGCUUUACUGGAGACCCUGGGAAGCCAGGAGAUGUGGGGACCCCCGGAGUUGCAGGACAGAGGGGGGCUAAUGGCAAAGACGGAGAGAUGGGUGCUGGUGGAGUGGCUGGUCCAGCCGGAGUUGCGGGGAAGAGAGGAGAGCAAGGUCCGCCUGGUGUGAAUGGCUACCAGGGUCUGCCUGGAGCUGCUGGACCACCUGGGGAGUCUGGGAAGCCAGGGUCUGAGGGUAUCGCUGGAGAAGGAGGGGCAGCCGGACCAACUGGUCUACGGGGUGAGAGGGGCACCCCAGGAGAGAGAGGCGAAGUGGGACCUAAUGGGCUGCCAGGGCCCAAAGGGACUUCAGGAGGACCGGGACCAGAAGGCCCAAAGGGUGGGGCUGGGACUAAAGGAGCUGUCGGAGAUGUAGGAGGCAUAGGCCUACAGGGGGUGCCAGGGGAGAGGGGUCUUCCUGGAUCUCCUGGUCCAAAAGGAGAUGUGGGUUCGGUUGGCGAGAAAGGGCCAGAGGGCACCGCAGGAACGGAUGGGCCCAGGGGACUCCCUGGUCCUGUUGGACCACCAGGAGUGAGUGGCCUUAAUGGGGAAAAGGGAGAGGCUGGCCCUAAAGGACCCCCAGGACGUCGAGGGGCGAGAGCGGUUGCUGGGUCUCCUGGAGAACCUGGACCAACUGGAGCAGUAGGAUUCCCUGGGCCUCCUGGUCCGGAUGGGCAACCUGGAGUCAAAGGGGAACCAGGAGAGGGAGGGCCGAAGGGUGAGGCUGGAGCAAAUGGACCCCAAGGACCUGCUGGUAAAAUGGGUUCACAGGGUCCUGUUGGUGUGACAGGUCUGAAGGGUGCCAGAGGAACACAGGGGGCCUCGGGUGGGCCUGGUUUCCCAGGAUUACCUGGGCAAGUUGGUCCAGCAGGCUCCGCUGGUGCAGUAGGAGCACCUGGGGAAAUUGGUUCCCCUGGUAAAUCAGGUGCUCCUGGGGUUAGAGGUGAGAAUGGAGGCACUGGGCGUGUUGGAGAAAGAGGGGCCCCGGGUCCUGCAGGACCUCCAGGUGAAAAGGGAGAGCCUGGAGAGGAUGGACCAGGGGGUCCUGAUGGGCCGACUGGAGCACCAGGCCUCUCAGGACAGAGAGGUGCUGUGGGCAUACCUGGACUUAGAGGAGAGAGAGGGAUGGGUGGACCCCCUGGUCCUGCUGGUGCACCAGGAAAACCAGGUGCGACCGGAACUCGGGGGAACAAAGGUUCUGUUGGUCCAGUCGGGUUAGCAGGGGCAACCGGACCAAGAGGGGACCCUGGACCUACUGGUAUUUCUGGAGCUGAAGGGACAUCUGGCAAAGAUGGACUCAUAGGAGACAAGGGAGACAGGGGGGAGCCUGGUGCUGAGGGUCUUGCUGGAACUCCAGGACUUCCUGGUUCUGCUGGUCCAGUAGGUACCUCUGGUGUUCCUGGUAACAGGGGAGACAAGGGUGCCAGGGGGCCCCCAGGGCCGCAGGGAGAGUCAGGGAUCCGGGGGAAAGUGGGGCCCCAAGGGCCACAAGGAGACAAGGGAAACAAAGGAGACCAAGGAGAGAGGGGGCAGAAAGGACACCGAGGCUUUACUGGUUUGCAAGGCUUACCUGGAACAACUGGACAAUCUGGUGAUGUUGGGGCCAUAGGCAUUGUAGGACCUAAUGGACAGAGAGGGCCCCCAGGUGUGGUUGGCCCUUCAGGAGGUGAAGGACUGAUUGGAAUGACAGGACCCAUGGGCGCCCCUGGGUCUCGAGGAACUGGUGGAGACAUUGGACCUCAGGGCCCUCCUGGAGAAGCUGGCCCCCCCGGUCCCCCAGGGAGCCCUGGCCCUCCCACAGCCGGGGCCGAGAUGUUUAGCCUCAGCAGCCCUUUUGAGUACGACUACGGCGAGGACCAAGGUGGACCACCUUCACCCCCGGAGUUUAACGAGGAGGAACUGAACCCCCCUGAAUCCCCUCCAGAGUCUACAGGAGACUACUUCGACACCCCUCCUGAGUUCAAUGAGGAUGAGGCACUUCCCAACAAGGCCUCAGCCCUCUUUAUGUCGGAUGAAGGGGUUCAGACCACACUGAAGAGCCUCAGUGGGAACCUGCAGAAUAUGAAGUGCCCAGACGGUAGCCAGGCCAACCCUGCCAAAACCUGCCGAGACAUCAAGCAGUGCCACCCCCUUAGAAAGAAUGGGGACUACUGGCUGGACCCCAACCAAGGAAGUCCUAAGGAUGCCAUCAAGGUGUUCUGCAACAUGGACACUGGUGAGACCUGCAUCUCAGCCCAACCCAGCUCAGCCAGCAUCCCCCACAAAACAUGGUGGACCAAAUCCACUCCCAGUGCCAGCCAACCUGUUUGGUUUGGAGCCAACAUGAAUGGGGGAACUAAAUUUAGCUAUGGCAACAAGGAAGAACUUCCCAACGCUGUGACCAUUCAGAUGAGGCUGAUCCGCCUUCUGUCUAAGGAAGGUGUCCAGAACAUCACCUACCACUGCAGGAACAACGUGGCCGUGAAGGACGAAGCCACGGGCAACCUGAAGAAGGCCCUGGUCCUCAAGGGCUCCAAUGGACAGGAGUUCAAGGCCCAGGGCAACGCCCGCCUCAGAUACAUUGUCCUGGAGGAUGGCUGCUCCCAAUCCAGUGGUGACUGGAGCAAGACUGUGAUUGAAUACAGGACUCAGAUGCCAGCGAGACUACCUAUCAUAGACUUGGCCCCCAUGGACAUUGGAAAGGAGGACCAGGAGUUUGGCUUGGACAUUGGACCUGUGUGUUUCUCUUAGACCUAACACCAGUGGAUGGAUUUCUCUAACACUUUGAGGAGUGAACUUUUUCAACACCAUCAACCAAGCAGUCCCAAUUUACAAAAAUAAGUAAUGGUUAUACCAAUCCCAGAUUAGGUUUAAGCAAAAUAAAUGCAUCAAUAAGUCCAUGAUGGUAUUAGAAUCAGAUGAAUGCUGUUGCUCAUUCUCCUUGCGAAAGGAGACUCUUGGACUAACUGCUGAAGCAAUCAGCCUUGUACAUAACGGCAGGUAGGAGAAACUGUAUUUCCGGCCUGCCGCUGACAUAUUUAUUGCGUCUUGUCAAGAAAUCUCAGUUAGUUGUUAGUGCAAUGGUACUGGUAGCAACUUUUUUAAUAUGAGGAAUACAAGUGGAGCAAAUCAAUUUGAGUGAUUGAAGGCGUAAGAUUUAAAUAUGUGAAAUCUUUUGUAAGUUAUUAGAAUCAAUGUUUAAACCAGUUUGUCAGUGAAUGCUACUAAUAUAACAAGUAUUUAAAAAAACAAAAAACAUUGUACUUCAAAUGUAAAUGCAAAAAGAAUGCCAAUGGCUCUUCACAUGUUUCAUAGUUUCUGUUGAUUGUUGAUAUUAUGAUAUUUUCUUCUUUUUAUUGAUAGUGUAACACCUAAUAAAAUAAAUGAAGCCCUAUGCAAUUAAUAUGAUGUUAGGUUUGGGUCAGGAAAAUCAAUAUAUUUCUAUCUAAGAACACAUAAUUACGAGUUAUGUUAGGGGUCUGAGAGGUACUUUCAUGAAAUGAAAAGUUAUCCAA